AUGCGAAUCCACGUCACUGAAGAGUGCUGGAAGAAGUGGGAGCCAGUGGUCCUUGAGCUCGCCGCCGAGUACGAGUUCCCAGCCCGAAGUCUCUUGGAACUGAACUCCAUCCUCGCGCUAUAUAGCGGCGAUGGCACCACCUUCCGAACGGUCCAACCUCAUUGGCGCUUUGUCAUCGACACCAAUCGCUCAGGCUUCUCUAUCGUCGACGUCGUAUCUAUCUGCGUUAUUGCUCGACAAGAGGCCGGUGGCAAGAGAGACGGAUGGGUCAUUUCCCGAUCAUGCGACCUCCACAAGAAUGCUGCAGCGGCCAAAGUCGUCGCGAACAGAGACCUAGCAUGGUACACUGUCACCAGUGACGGCCGCUCUUACCAGCACUGUUGUCCAACGGAAUGCCAGGGCCCGUACUACGCCCAUCAGCCUACCAGAAACUGGGACUACACUCGGCUUUCAAUCAUCCAACAGUCGUACGCCAAGGAUAUCGUGAAUCUCCAAGAGCAUCUGUCCAAGUUGAAGAGAACAUCUGCCAAGAGGAAGAGGUCCGACGAUGAUGAAGACGACCCCGAGAACUUGCCGGUCGUCAAGGCACUUCGAAAAUCGAUCGAAACUCUGGAGCGGAAGAAGGCGAAGUACAAGAGUGGCAAGGUGGCGGCCGAUACUACGAUGAAGGAAGCCGAGUCUAAAUUUGAGAACGCAGAGUCUAAGGCUAAAGAAGCAGACAUCAAAAUUUCUGAAUUGCGGGAAGAAAUGGAGUUGGUCAAACGCACCUUGGAAAUCAAGAAGACCCAGUUGAAGCAGGUGAAGUCGGAUAUGCGUCACGAGGUCGAAACCAGAGAGCAAACCAUCGCCGACAUGAAAGAGCAACUUGAGGGGAGACACACGAUGGAAAAUACCAAGCACAACGAAGGCCCUGCCUCGGAGAUCGAAGAUCAUCGAGGCCCUCUCAUGGGCAUGACGGCGACCGAAGUGAAGGCCGAGAACGCUAUCUUGCAACAGGUCAUCCAGUCUCAAAAGUCUGAGAUUCAACGUCUAGAGUCCGAGGCAGAGAAGAGAGAGGAUGUGCUUGUUGAAGUUGAGGAGCUCCGCCGAAGACUCUCUGAUCAGGAGCAUAAACUCGCGGAGAGACGCCUUGAAGUGGUUCGUCUCCAAGCUGCCAUCAAGCGUCGAAAACUGAAUCAGCAUCAGGAGGGAUCGCCGAUGCAGAGAAUAGCGAAUCACAACCAAGGAGAGUACUCUGAGUGGGAUGCCAUCCGCAAGCGUGAACAAUGCACACACCUCUUUUGGAGGAGCCCAGCCAUCUUCCUCACAGAACCGGAACGCCGGUUAUUACGCAAAUGA